AUGGCUCGUCUCGGUCUGUCAACAGUUGCGGCUAUUUUUGCACAAGCAGUUACCUCUGUGACUGCCACCGGUUCUGAGCAAUGUAGCAGUUUGACUGCAUGUGGUAUCUCCUUUGGUGAGGCGGUCAGUAUUGUCAAUACGACUUCCAUACCAGCGUCUGGUUUGAAUAUAUCGGGGACUGUCAACACCAUUCCAUUCUGUCGUGUCUUUGCCGAGGUGUCAUAUGCCAACAACCAUUCGGUCGGGUUCGAAGUAUGGCUACCAGAAGGGACAGACUACAAUGGGAGGUUUCUUGCUGACAUAGGCAAUGGAGGCAUGGCAGGGAUUGUCGACGAAGCGGCCCUGAUGCUCAACGUGAAUAAGGGCUUUGCUGUUGCCGGUGGAGAUUCCGGCCAUCUUGCAUCCGAGAACAAUGACGGCGAAGGCAGCCCCGGUGUAUACAUCCCAUAUCUUCAUGACAAGGAUGAGGUUUCUGCGUGGAUUCACAACUCCAUCGCACUAUUCACACCGCCGGCCAGGAAAGUUAUCGAAUACGUGUACGGCAGCGCCCCGACUUAUUCGUAUUACCUUGGCUGUUCGACGGGUGGUGCCCAAGGCUUUUCUCUCGCUCAGUUCCAUCCAGAGCUAUUUGAUGGAAUCGUUGCCGGCUGUCCGGGUAACUGGUACUCACAUCUCGCCCUGUCAUUUUUAUGGAAUACUAUACCAUCAACAAGCUUAGGCUUUCUCCCACAAGAGACUCUCGACUACAUCAAGUCAGCAGUAGUUUCUGCAUGCGACGAGCAAGAUGGUGUUCUCGACGGUCUGAUUGAGGAUCCAUUAUCAUGCAAGUUUGACAUUGCAUCUCUGAGCUGUGCUGUCAAUGAAUCUGUGCAAUGCUUGACUACCGAGCAACUGGCAUCAGCUCUGCAUAUCUAUGGCGGACCCCACGAUAGUAGAGACAACUCGAGCCUCUAUCCUGGAUUUUCGUUUGGCAGUGAAUCAGAAUGGAUGUAUCAGGAGGACAUGCUGGCGGACGCCUUUACCAUUCCGAUUUUGCAGAACCUCGUUUUUGACAACUUGACCUAUAACGCCAGCACAUUCAAUUGGGGCAGCGACGUGGAUGUGUUGGAUGCCCGGGCGGGGACUCUCAUUGAUGCAAUUAACCCGAACCUCUCCAAUUUUAGCACUCGCGGUGGCAAGAUGAUUGUGACCCAAGGGUGGACUGAUCCUUUCAAUGCUGCUACCUGGCCUAUACAGCAUCGCGAGCAAAUGGCAGCCGCCACACAAGGGGACAUUGAUGAUUGGUUUGAAUUAUACAUGAUUCCAGGUAAAUUCCCUCCCAUCAACAAGAUUCAUCCUCGUGCUUGA